AUGACCAUAAGUCAAUUAGACUACAGUAACCCUCUGUGUUUGGUAUGCGGAAAUGAUGGCAAUGGUGUGCAUUUUGGUGUGCAGACGUGUCGAGCGUGUGCCAUGUUUUUUCGACGCUCCACAACCCAAAAAAUACCAUUCUAUUGCAAAAAGCAUCCAAAAUUCUGUGAUAUCCAUGUGGCAGAGCACCGACUGAUGUGCAAGUACUGUAGACUCAAAAAGUGCCAAGAAGUGGGAAUGAGCAGAGAGAAAAAACUCCCUCCUAGACCUCAAGGCAUCGGCUGUGACCAUGAAUUAUCCAGAAAUCGAUACGGUAGCCGUGUGAUCUAUGACGUCAUUGACCCGGAUACUGGAGUGGUGUCAAGGCUUAUCGAUGUGGCACCAAUUAUCAAGAGGAGUCGAUUGAUAUUGGAAAAUCACUCCCUACCCGAAGCCGUUUCUACUAUGAACCCAUUGGAAAAAAUGACAUUCGCCUUGAACAAAAUUCGAUCUGAUCAAAAUCUGAACCCAGAAAUGAUAAAGUCCUCGUCAUUUCGAGACUAUUUUUACUUCUGGGAGCAGAAUAUGAGAAAAUGCGCCGAAUGGUUGAUGUAUUCAGAGGAGUUUCGAAUGUUGCCAAAGCAUGAAAGGGUAUGCAUGUUCGGAGAAGAAAUCAAUCAAUACUACCAGGACCUCGUGAAACCGUAUCUGAAACUCAAUUUAUCUGAAAUCGAAGUCACAUUCAUUCUCUGUCAACUAGUAUGGAAUUAUGCUGGCCGAAGACUUCAAGGACAGACGCAGACGGCCGGAGAAAUAUUUUUGGAGAAAAUUUCCAAUAAUUUGAAUGAUUAUUAUCGAUCGAUUGAUAGAGAUAUCAUUGGGAACUAUGCAGGAAGGUUGACAAGAAUGAUGAGCAUUGUUAAUAAUGUUUUGACCCUCCAACUCAAACAAGAAAAGCUGAUGGAUAUGGUAUUUUUAUUUGAUAUGUUUAACUUCAAAUUUUCGGAUCCCGCGUUUUUUAGUGUUUGA